UAAAACAAAACUGUACGAGUACUUAGUUCAAAGAACAAAUUUUACAAUAAUUUGUCUAGUGCAAGUGAAUACUGGUGAAUAAUUUAUUAUAAACAAACUUAAAUUAUGGAUGAAUUAAUUCCAAUCAGUUCAACGCCAAAGAAACAACGAAGCUAUCAUCAUCAUCCAACUACGAGAGUUAUGGUAGAUGAUGCUGUAAAAGUUCUUAACAAAUGCUCCUACCGAGCUAUCAAACAAUAUAUUGUAGCAAAAUACCUUGUGGACCUGCGCUACUUGCUUAAACGAAUAAAAAGUUAUAUCCGAGAAUCUGUAGCUAAUGGAAAAUUCAUACAAAUAACAGGUCAUGGUCUAAAUGGAUCAUUUAGACUAUCAGCUGCCGCCAGAAGAAAUCCAAAGAAAUUCUUCAUCCGUCAAAGGAAAAUUAUGACAAGAAAGGAUAAACAAAAUAAAUUAAAUAAAAAGCCAACCACCUUCCUAAUGGAACCCAUAAUUCAUCGACGAACUUCCAUAACCAUUAAUUCUAUAAAAAGGCGAUUAAGUCGCAGUUCUGGAAGCUUAAGAAGUCCUAGGCCCAGGUUGGUCAAGAAUGAGAAUCAAUCCAGCUUUCAAUCGAAUGACACCAAUAACAAUGAUUUACCAUCAACAUCAUCCGACGCUAUUGACAAACUUAAAAGGAAUAUGCGCAAUUGUUGUAAACUCUCACAUAUGUGUUGAUCAUUUAUGUUUGUAAUUAAUUAAUAAUUUUUUUUGUUAUGUUCCUUUUUUUAAGUCUAAUUAUGUUUUGUGUUUAAUGUUUAAUGUUUUAUGUUUUUAUGCAUUGGUUUAUUAGAUUUUAAGAUUUUAUUAAUAAAUAUGUGAUGUU